AUGACAAUGAAUUGUUCACUAAAAGGUGAAAUUGCACGUCAAAUUGAAUGGCAUAGUUAUCCAUACUUACUUAGUUUGGGAACAGUUGGCAAUGUUUUAACAAUCAUUGUUUUAAUACGCAUGAGACAACACAGUGUUUAUCGUUAUUUAACAUUUAUGGCUAUUGCUGACACUAUUGUUCUAAAUCUUGGUUUAUUACGUGAAUUACUUUUAUCAUCAAGUCUUCAUAUUCAUAUACAAGGUACAUUAUUAUGUAAACUACAUGUUUUUUUCUUCUAUAAUACGCUGCAUCUCUCAUCUUGGUUUCGGUGUUGUUUAAAUUUAGAUCGUUAUGUUGCUGUCAAGUUCCCAAUAUAUACAUCAAAAUGGUGUCGAACACGACAAGCAUCGAUUAAUUCAAGCAUCAUUUUUACUAUUGUAUCUUUAUCUAAUAUACAUUUAUUAAUAUUUGUUCAAGGUGAUGAUCAUCCUAAGAGUUUACAUGGUCUCAAUUCUACACGCUCUACUGUUAAUCCAUUCCAAUAUCAACAAUGUUAUUUACAUCCAAGUUAUGUACACUUUUUUGAACACAUCUAUACGUGGAUUGAUAUGUUUCUUGUAACAAUAAUCCCUUUUAUAUUUAUUAUUUUAUGUAAUUUAACUGUUAUUAAUCGUGUAUUUCUUGUACCUAGCCCAGGUAAAAAAAGUGAUUUCGUUAGUCGUUCCAAAGCAACAAAUCGUUUACGUUCAUUAUGUUUAAUUAUGAUAUGUUCAUCAUUUGUAUUUGUUGCAACAACUUUACCAGUAACUGCAUUUAUAAUUGAUUUAUUAUCACACAAAGCAUCGAUUGAUUUAAUGCGUUGUCGACGUAUACAAUGGACUAUCUAUAAUAUUUUAAUGUAUUUUAAUUAUGCAAGUAUUCUUAUUUAUUGUUUGUCUGGUACAGAAUUUCGUCAUGCACUAACUAAAACAAUACGUUUUCAAGGAAGAUCAAGUUUAACAACCAUGCUACAGACUGAUGUAAUGAAUGCUUUUAAACAACGUUUAACAUCAGCACCGCAACAAUUACGUCAAGUACUUGUUGAAUAUCAAGAUAAAAAACGUUUUCGUUCAUCAUGUGUUAAUAUGCCGCCGACUAUUGGUCAUCAUAAAAUUCAACUUAUGAUGAACAAAACUACAAUUAAGGCAAAAUAUUUACAAAUUCAACAACCAGAUUAUCAUGAUUAUUACAGAACACCUUGUGCAACUCCAACAAAUGGUUUAUGCAUGACACCGUCACCAACAAUGCACAGCUUAGGACAUAUAGGAUGUGAACCAAAUUAUGGAUCGAUUAAUCUAAUUGACAUACCUGACUAUAUCAAUGAUAAAAAUCCUGCCGUAGAGGACAAGGUUGUUUUUCAUGAUUUAGCUGAAUAA